AUGGCUGUGGUUUCCUUUUACUUAGGACUGUCGUUCAAACACGAACCGAAUGUAGAGCCUGAGGAUUUUUCAGUUCUAGAAACACUUUCAUCUUGUGGGAAAUUUUCUGAGGAAAAUUCAGAAGAGGAACACGAAAAUGACAAAAUUAGCAAUAAAAGUUCAUUAAACUUGAAUAUUUCACCAACUUGUCUACCUUCAUCAUCUUGGCACACAAUAGGCAUUGCCCACUCCCUUCUAACCAAAAUUCAAAAUAAAAAUAAAAAAUCAACAAAAUUUAGAACAUUUCCCCUUUUACAACGUCCAAUAUUUAAUAAUAAAAAUUUUAAAAAUGAAGAAGAAAAUUGGAAAAGUUUUUCUGGAACUUCUGGAAAAAUUUUAAAUUCUUCUCUUUCUCCGUUCUCAAAAAGUUUUUGUUGUACUGGUGAUAAUACUAAAUUGUUCUCAAACUCUUUACAACAUUCUUUUAAUUCAAAAAAUUCUUCAAAUUGUUUAUGGGAGAACAUUGAAAGACCCAAUUUUUACAACAACAAACCUCCAACAAAUAUGAAAAUGCUUCAACCUUAUUAUAAGCUCCACAAAAUUCGACACAUUUUUGGGUUUAAACGCUGUCAACAUACUACUACGUUUCAUUUAAAUUCGAGUAUGUUGUCCACAUUAAAAGAACAACAACAACAAAAAGUUAACAAAACACAGACAUUUGACAACAGCACAAUUUAUUGGGGAAUUGUUGUCUUUGCUGGCUUUUCUCUCUUUUUUGGAACUUUUUCUUUUUUGUUCAACAUUCUACUACUCGUUUGGCAAAAUAAUUGA